CAUGACCCUGCGCGGUCCUCAUUGGGUGAGGGAAGAACCACGGGAACAAGAGCCUGCGUAGGUCAAAAUACGUCAUCACGUACAAAUCCAGCACUGUCCUUGAAGCCACAACACAGACAAGAUGGUUGCAUACUGGAGACAGGCAGGCAUAAGCUACAUCCGCUUCUCAGCCAUCUGCGCCAGCGCAGUGCGCGCUGCGCUGAAGCCGCAGAUCAGGGACGAAGCUAUGAAGGUCGCAGAAGCCAGCGUCAAAGUCCUCAAAGCCAAAGUUGUAGCAUAGCGAUGUGACACUAUGAUGUAGUUAACUUUUCUGGAGUUGUGAGUGAGGUCCUGUCACUAUCCUGUGCACCACCGAGAAUGGGGGGAAAAAAAGAUGGAUGUUACCAAGAUGACUUGUUGGAGCGGGGACCCGAAUGAAACUACAGUUUCCCUUUUAUUUGUAAUUAAAAUGGUAUUAAAGAUCAAUAUCUGAAAUGCA